UCAAGGAACCGACCUCAUUGGAAUGUUGUACUUUGGAUUUUGUUUGACAGUCUUACUCAGUUUCCAUGCGAGUCCAGUGUCGUCUGCUUUAUGCGAUGACGCUGAUUAUGACGCGUGCACCAGACUAUCACGUGUAUCUGAUGUCUGCAACGAUCUAUGCUUUGCUAAAUAUUGUCCUCGAACAUGCGGAAAAUGCCCUUUGAAGUGUUACAACUGUUCCGCCGAACCCUCAGCAAAUACUUGCAAUACCACGGAAAUAUGUUCAUCAUUUGGUCAGAAGUGUAUUGUCAUGGAAUCUUUGAACUCUGAUUUGUCGAUGAGCUAUAAAUCAGGCUGUGCUACAGGCCAUGUUUGUAGCCUGCUUUUUGGAGGACAACCGCAUCAAACCAGAGGCCAAUGUUGUGAUCAUGAUUUAUGUAAUCAUGUUAUUCCACAUUCCAAGCGUAUAACUGGAAUAACUGGACUACAGGGAACAGAUAUAACACUGAACACAAACCUAGAACUAUUUAGAGGUCCAAGUUGA